GGCGCGCGGCGGGCAUGGAGGACUACGAGCAGGAGCUGCGCGGCGUCGAGGACGACUUCCACAGCCAGUUCGCGGCCGAGCUCGAGGUGCUGGCCGAGCUGGAAGCAGGGACGUCGGCCCUGUCGCCCUCCGUGGUUCUCCAGCCUGUCCGGAACCGCCCCCAGCUGACAUUCGAGGAGGCCAUCGCUGGUGGGGAUGCUGUCCCCCACUCCUCCUCGCCUGGAACUCCAGGGCACUUCAGUGGGGGUGCGAGGAAGAGGCAGGUGGAUGGUGCCUCCCAGGGGCCCACGGCCUUGCCCCCCACACCCAGGGUCAAACGAUCGAGGCUGGAGACAGUCAAGAGGCUGGAUUUUGGGGCGGAGGAGCCAGAGGAGCCACUGCUUCCUGACUUCCCACCUGGGGACAUCACACCCCCCCUGAGUCCCGAGGUCCCCUCUGAGCUGUGGGGCGAUGGGCCCUUGGAGACUGGGGGCGACAUGGGCCUCGGGCAGGCUUCUGCCCGCAACCCCGUCCUGAAGCGGCCCCCCAUCUUGGAGGACUACAUCAAUGUGACAUCCACGGGUGGUGACCGGGCCUUUCUGGUGCUUCGUGCAGAUUCCGGGGGCACUGGGGUGCAGGGUCCAGUCCGUGGUGUUUGCAGGCAAGGCUGUGGCCGGUUGGACCUGCUGGGUGUACCUUUCGCCUCCCUGAAGGAGCAGGUGGACAGUGAGCGUCGGCAGCAGCUGCUGGAGGAGGCCGGGCGGCUCUCAGACACCCCGCACAGCCUUAGACCCGAGGAGGAGGCGACCCAGCUUGUGGGGGCCCCCGAGGAAGAGCCAGCCCCUGGCCUGCGCACCUCCCAGCACUGCCUGUGGGUGGACGAGUUUGCGCCGCGGCGCUACCCGGAGCUCCUCAGUGACGAUUUCACCAACCGCUGCCUUCUGAAGUGGCUGAAGCUGUGGGACCCAGUGGUAUUUGGCCGCGAGAAGCCUGCCCGUAAGCCCAGGCCUGGUGUAGAGCCAGCCCGGGCGGUCAGGGAGGUCCCAGCCUCCGGCAGGUGGAAGAGCCACGAGGAGAUGCUCGAAGGGGUGCUGGGUGCUGAGCUGGACUCGAGCCUGCGGCCCCGGCACAAGGUGGCACUGCUGUGCGGGCCUCCAGGGCUGGGCAAGACCACCCUGGCCCACGUGAUCGCGCGGCACGCCGGGUACUGCGUGGUGGAGAUGAACGCCAGCGACGACCGCAGCCCUGAGGCCUUCCGCAUGCGCAUCGAGGCUGCCACGCAGAUGGAGUCAGUGCUGGGCGCCGGUGGGAAACCCAACUGCCUGGUCAUUGAUGAGAUCGAUGGGGCCUCCGCGGCCGCCGUCAACGUCCUCGUGUGCAUACUGAACCGUAAGGGCCCGCAGGGACAGGAGCUGGGUGCUCCGCCUCUGGGAGGGGGCCGGCGGCGCCGGGUGGAGGGGGCACCGCUGACCAGGCCAAUCAUCUGCAUCUGCAACGACCAGUUUGCACCGGCCCUGCGGCAGCUGAAGCAGCAGGCCUUCCUGCUCCACUUCCCGCCGACACUGCCCUCCAGGCUGGUGCAGCGGCUCCAGGAGAUUUCACUGCGGCAGGGCCUUCACCCCCCUGUCCAGUUCCUGCAUGGGCGGGGCCAGCGGGAGCUGAGCGUGCAGGCUGUGCGGGCCACACGGGUCGGCCUCAAGGACCAGCGCAAGGGGCUCUUCUCGGUCUGGCAGGAGGUCUUUCAGCUGCCCCGGGCCCAGAGGCAGCGCGCAGGCCAGCACCCAGCCCAGCCCGCCCACCUGCUCGGCGACCACGCCCCAGGCUCCCUGACCGCGGCCUCCCAGCGGUUCUUCCGCGUCUUGCAGGUCGCUGCCUCUGCAGGCGAGCACGACAAGGUGGUUCAGGGCCUGUUUGACAACUUCCUGCGCCUGCGGCUGCGGGACUCAAGCCUGGGCACCGUGUGCACGGGCCUCGACGGGCUGGGCCUCCGCCACAUGCUCUUCGCCACCAGCCACGUGCCACGCAUCGCCUUCCCCAGCAGCCAGCAGGAGGCCCAGAGCCGGACCAGCCAGACCUGGAACCUGAUCCAGACCUUGGUGUUGGGAAUUGCACCAGCCAUCCGCAGCAGGGUGGCACCCCAGGCCCUGGUCCUGGACACCCUCUGUCUGCUCCUGGACAUCCUUACACCCAGGCUCCGCCCUGUGAGCACACAGCUGUACAGUGCCCGCGAGAAGCAGCAGCUGGCCGGCCUCGUGGGCACCAUGCUUGCCUACAACCUCACUUACCGCCAGGAGCGCACGCCCGAUGGGCAGUAUGUCUAUGCGCUGGACCCGAACGUGGAGGAGGUGUGCCGCUUCCCGGAGCUGCCUGCCCACAAGCCCCUCACCUACCAGGCUAAGCAGCUCAUUGCCCACGAGGUGGAGGUGGAGAAGAUGCGGCGGGCAGACGCUCGGGCAGGGGCUGGGGCAGCGGCUCUGGCUGGGGUGGGGCUUUGCCCACAGGUGGACUGUGGUUCCGCACGGGGCAGCGUGGAGAUGCGAAUGCCACGACCUGCCCCUCGCAACCAUGAGCAGAGGCUGGAGAACAUUAUAAGGAGGGCCCCCGUGACGGAGCAGCCCGAGAGGGACUUCUUUGGACGUAUCCCUGGCCCUGCAGAGGACGCAGCCCUGGAGAAGGACACAGCCGAGUGGCACAUGGGCACCGCCGUGGGCAGGAGCCAGGUCUGGUUCCGCUUCCACGAGGGUGUCUCCAACGCCGUGCGGCGCAGCCUGUACAUCAGGGACCUGCUGUAGCCCGGGCCUGCCUGGCACCGCCUGCCCCGUAGAGAGUGUACAAGAACAGGAGACCUCGAGAAGCUUUAUAACG